UUGCAUCAAGCAGUGAUGGAAGUUUUGGUAUGUGGAAAUACAGAGAUUGUCCCUCAGGACCUACGAAUUACAAUAAGCAAGCUUGCCAUGGUGCAUAAACCAUCCAAAAAGACUGGAUAUGAGCAAGAGUUUAAGCGCUUGGAGCUUGUAACAGACGCCGAGGCUUCUCAAGAGGAAGCAAAGCAAGUAUUUAUGCCGGCAAACGUUGUUAAGAAUAGGUUCCCAAACGUUGUUCCACUGGAUAGCGCUCGAGUGCUCUUACAAGCUUCUUCACAAGACAAGAGUUACAUCAAUGCCUCAUUCGUUGACAACUACCCACAAUACUGGCCAAGCAAGGAAUCCGCCAAGUAUGGGGAAGUCACCGUCCAGCUUUUAUCUCAAGAGACUUCUAACAAUAUCGCUAUCCGACGAUUCAGCGUAAAGAAUGCAGCGGUACGGUUCGCUUGUUCUAGAAUUUUUAGAUCCCCUUUUAUCUGAUUACUUUCAGGGCUCGACACUAACUUUUCAACCUACUAGCCAAGUGGCUGGUGACAUCUUAGAUGUUACGAUAAUGUCAUUUCGUUUACCAGCCAAAUUUGCUAGUGGAAAUCGAAAUCGACGAGC